CCGUCCGCGCGCAUCCGACGGCGCAGAGCGCCCCGCCGCCCCGGGCCCCCCACGCUCGCGGAGAGCGGCAGCGUCGUAAACCGCGCGCACCGCACCGCUCGUCGUCCCGUCCCUCCUCGCGGCUUUGAAAACCUUUCUCGGGCUCCCACCAACGCGCGCUCGCAGCUGGCGCGUGCGUGCUCUGCGUCCCCGGGCAUGGACGCCGCCGCCCCCCUCUUCCUCCCUUGCCUUCUCCUCCGCCUCGCCAUCGUUGCAGCCGUUGCGGCCGCGGCGCCGCUGGACCCGCAGCAGCUGCUGGCGCUGCGCGCGCUCGGCCUGGGCGUGCACCCGCGCGCGGACCCCUGCGGCGGCGCGGGCGCCGCGGUGAACGCGUCGUGCGACGCGGGGGCGCCGUUCCGGCGCGUCACGUCGCUCGCCCUCACCAACUGCUCCGGCACCACCUCCAUCUCGGCCGCGGCGCUCGAGGCGCUCGCGCCGUCGCUCCGCGCCCUGGCGUUCGCCGACUGCCCGGCCGCACCGCCGCGGACGCUCCCGCCGGAGCAGCUCGCGUCCGGGCUCCGGGCCUUCUCCUGCACCGCCUCGCUCCGCCGCCUCUCCGCGGUGUGGCUCUCCCACCUCGCCAACCUCACCGAGCUCACCGUCGCGGACACGGCCCUCGCGACGGGCUCCCCCACCGAGCUCGCCGUCGUUGUCUCCCACAUGGAGCACCUCACCCGCCUGACAAUCUCCAACGCCAACCUCUCCGGCUUCCUCCCGCACCACUGGCACUGGCCCAACCUCACCCACCUCGACCUCUCCGGCAACCGCAUCACCGGCGCCAUCCCGGAUACCCUCACGCUCAUCGGCGGCAUCACCCACCUCAACUUCAGCUCCAACGUCCUCAACGGGCCGAUCCCCAACUCCAUCGGGGACCUCAUUUCGCUCACCACCCUGGACCUAUCCAACAACACCCUCUCCGGGGGCAUCCCCGACACCGUUUCCACUCUGCCGGAGCUGGAGGUGCUCAACCUGGGCUCGAACCGGCUCAACGGGAGCAUCCCACUGUUCCUGUCCGAGAUGCGGGGGCUCAGGGAGCUCAACCUCGAGAACAACGACUUCGACGGCAUGGUGCCCUUCAGCGCCAAGUUCCUGUCGCGGCUGCGCGUGUUCAGGGCCGCCGGGAACGGCAAGCUGUGCUACAACCGGUCCGUGCUGUCCGCCGAGAUCGCCGUGGGCGUGGCGCCGUGCGACAAGUACGGGUUCCCGGUGCUGCCUCCACCGGCCACGGCGCGGUCGGAGCGCAGCGCGGACUACGACGACGGCGGCGGGGACGCGGAGGCGGACGCCGGCGCCAACACGAGGGGCGGGCCCAGCGCGGCGGUGCUCGGGGCGGCCAUCGGGCUGUCCUGCCUGGCGUUCCUGGUCAUCUUGCUCGUCUGCCUCUGCAAGGUGUGCCGCUGAGUGAUGCGCGGGUGGCAGCGCCCGUGUCGCGCGCGAUUCCUCCGUCUCUUUUGCUCGAGCGGUGGUUUUUACUCGGCUCUUGUGUUGCGCACCGUGCCGUCUGCCGUGAAAAUGUAUGAAGUACGGUAGCUUAGGAUCAAUCGAUUCUUAAUUUAUUCUGUAUUUUUGACGCAGUUCUCCGCUCUUGGUCGGGUUUAAGCCUCUGAGAGCUUGAAUCAGGAGCAGGGAAUUGUUGUAUACAAAAGAACAUCUUUUGGUUGGAGGUUGGAACGUCUGCAAGUGCAGGUUGUGGUUUCUUC